GAUGACAUAAGCACUGUUGUUAAUGAAGAAUUACAGAAACUUCUAAAAAAAAUUACGGAUGAUAAGAAUUGGAAAAAGAAGGAAUUUGAACAAUACUGCACCGACAACAUUGGUUCUUCAUGGUCAGAGGACACCGGCGGAGAAAGAACUGCAAAGCAAAAAGCUUGUAAGCUUUUUGCUUUAGGUUUAAAACACAUUUCUGAUAUUAAAAACAAGAAAAACAACAACCAAGACCAUGAGAUACCACUUAAACAAACUAUGAUGUGCGCAGCACUUAAUCUUUAUGCUGAUCAAUUAAUAAACAAAUCAAAUGAUCAAUGUCCUCUCGAUAAACAAAAAAUGACGGAGGUAAUAGAUGCCACCUUUCUGAAGAGUGAUGCCAUUAUGAAGAAUGGAACACCUUCAUGCUCAGCUGGUAAUGGUAUUAAUUCUUGUUCUGUUUGCACAAGACAAAAAAGCACUUUUGACAGUUGCAAAAUUGGACAAGACAAUGUAAAGGACAGUAUGAACACACUCCUCCAAAACAACGACAAAACCAACACCAACACCAGCAAAAUGGAACAAACACUAGACAAAAUAAAUAGUAAAGACACUUUCUGUACUCAAGUCCAAUGUGCUAUCAGACAACACUACAACAACAAAGACAAAAACAAAAGUGGACAGGCAGGUGGAAUGACCACACCUAAUUGGAGAGACAUAAACGAAGACGCCAAAGGCGUCUUAACGACACUCCUAGAACAAAUGACGAAGGGUCAGACUGAAUCGGACGUUGACAAAUACUGCAAAAACGACGAGGAAUGGAGUAAACUUGGCCAUAAAGAAAAACAUACUAAUAAAGCAGCCUGUUUACUUUUUGCUGCAGGUUUAAAACACAUUUAUGUCCGCGGUAAGGUCCCUGCUAAGGGCCAGGUUAAUGGCUCUGUUAAGGGCCCAUCGUUUGAACAAACGAUGGGUUGUUUAUUUCUAAAAGAAUAUGCAGAACAAUUAAAAAAAAUGGCAGAAAUACAAAAAAAGUAUAAGGUACAUCCUGAUUGUAGCGUAGAUUCGGGCAUAGAACAUGCUUUUGGUAAAAGUAAAGACAUUAUGAAGAGUGUAUUACCUGAAUGUAGCAAGGGUCCUAAUAGUAUUUCUUGUUUUGAAUGCAAGUUUACGGACAACUAUAAUGAUUGCCCCAUUGGCCAAGACGAUAUAGGAAAUAAAGCUAAAUAUCUGUUCAAAGGCGAAUCGGAACAAAACCAUAUGCAACAAACUUUAGAGAAUACAGUCUGUCCCAUCCUUAUUACGGAUCUCCUUACCCCUUUUCUUCCUUUGGCUCCUGUCUCCAUUGGUCUUUCUGCUAUGGCUUAUUACCUUUGGAAGUAUUUUGGUCCUCUUGAUAAAGGAGGACCACGUUUUAGAAGAUCUCCUGCUGAAAUUCCUGGUUCAUCUGUACAGGAACAACUCCUUGAUCAUGUGGAGGAAGCUGGUCCACAUGAAUAUCGAUUGGUGAAGGAACGAAAACCUCGUUCUGCUCCAACAAGAACAAAACGUUCUGGUGGUGUGAAUCGUCGAACGAUUAUUGAAAUUCAUUUUGAAGUGUUGGACGAAUGUCAAAAAGGGGACACACAAUUGAACCAGAAGGAUUUUCUGGAACUUUUGGUUCAAGAGUUUAUGGGAAGCGAACUUAUGGAAGAAGAAGAACAGGUUCCUAAGGAAGAGGUUCCUAUGGAACUUGUUCCUAUUGAAGAGGUUCCAAUGGAGCGUGUUCCAAGUUUAGGUUCCGGGUUUAUGGUUUAG